AUGGCUGAAGAAACAGACCUGUAUUGUCGACUUUGUGCUGAACCUACGCCACUAGUUCAAUUAAUAACCCCGAAAGAAGAGGUAGCGUUUACAUCGAAAAUUAUUAUGAAGUUGUCUUGGAUAAACAUCGACAUAUCUUCUCCCAACGGUCUCCCUAACACGAUAUGUUUUUCUUGCUUUGAUUUAUUGGAAAGAACAUGGUCGUUUCUGAAUAACGUUAGGACAUCGCAAGAUAAAUUAGCAGCUAUAUUUCUAAAAAGUACAAAACAGACCUCUAAGUCAACUGACAGCAAAACUAAGGAAAGCAAUUCUAAAAUACCUGGAAAACCUGUAGAUGAGAACUGGGACGAUUUCCAAAAACCAAAAUUAGAAAUAAAAAUUGAGAAUUAUAAUGAAAAAGUAACAGAAGUAACAAAUCAACACUCCGUAAUCAUUUCUGACGAUAAUGGAGUUGUUAAAGCGGAAAACGAUAUCGACGAUGACUUCUUGCAAGCGGAUUCUAAUAACGGCUUUUUAAGCUCCUCUGAUAGUGAUGUGCCAUUAAAAAAAAUAAAGAAAAAAAAGGUUAAAAGGAAACAAACCGCUAAGGAUUCCAUAACAUUUGAUGAUAAUUCAGAAUUGCCAAUAGAUAUACUCUCAUUCAAUAUUACAUGGGAAAAUCAAACGUGCAGAUGUGCUAAAUGUGAUGCUUUGUGCAAAAGUAUUUUGUCAUUACAGCUUCACUCCCUAGAAAUACAUAAUCAGUGUUGCAUGUUUAAAUGUAUUGAUUGUGAAAAAAUCCUCAAUAGCUACAGAGCCUUCGUCAGACACUUACGAUCACACAAUAGCGCUUUAAGACAUUGCUGUGAAUAUUGUAACAAAAUAUUCACGUUACCAUCUGAAGUUAAAAAUCAUAAAGUAAAAGAACACAGAGAUGUCUACAAAACAAAAUGCACAUAUUGUGGUGCAAAUUUUGAAACAGCAGAGGAGUUGGAAGAGCAUAAAACAAUGUUUUUUAAGGAUUCGUCAAAGAAAAUGAAAAAAAUAAAAGUAAAUGGGGACAGUAAGGAACACAAAUGUGACCAUUGCAACAAAGUGUUUAAAAGUCGACCAAAUCUAGUUCAACAUAAAGUUUUACAUACAGAAAGAAGUCGUAACUUUGCAUGUCAUGUCUGCGGUAAGAUGUUCUAUACAAAAGGUAGUCUGGGUACGCACAUGAUAACUCAUGAUGAAAUAAAACCAUACAAGUGUGAUCAUUGCCCACUUGCUUUCCGAGCGAGAGGCAACUUAAUAUCUCAUAUGAGUCUACACUCUGGUUUGAAACCUUUUAUAUGUGAACAGUGUGGGAAGAGCUUUAGAGUCAAACGGCAUUUAGUAUCCCAUGCUAUAGUCCAUACAGAUUUAAGACCUUAUGUAUGUGAAUAUUGCAAUAAAGCAUUCCGAUUUAAAACACGACUCAAUCUUCACUUUCGACAACAUACUGGAGUUAAACCCUAUAAAUGUAUUUAUUGUCAGAGAGAUUUCACGAAUGGUUCUAAUUAUAAAAAACAUAUGAGUAGACGACACGGCAUUGAUACAUCAUCUCGGAUAAAAAUAAAUGUUGUGAAUAAAAAUGAUUUAAAUGAAAGUAGUGAAACUGCAGUA